CCCUGUACAACUGACAUGCCAUUCUCUGACUAUAUAUAGGACGGAGUGGAUGAGCUCCGAACAUUUCCCUCGAACCUGCGCUCAUGUGGACUUAGUCGGCUUCUGGAGUUUUGCACGUGUGACAUCGAUAAUAAUUUACCUUGGGAUUUAAUUUUUUAACAGGAGUUAUGAUACUCAGGGCAAUUCAUAUCUUGCUACCAGUGGUGUUACUGCACACGACAGGAAUACCACAAGGGGGCCAAGCGGACGAUGACUCCAGGUUUAACUUGUUCGAAAUCAGCAACAUCACCAGAAAAACGAUUGGCGCUAAAGUCCUCAAGGGCCAUGACUGGGAUUCCCCAGCAUUUCGUUUCAUUCGCUUUGACCACAUUCCUCCAGUCAGCCCACCAAUCCUUCAGCAGCUUUUAAGAAAGAUACACAGCAACGAUGGUUUUGUAUUUGUGGCCACUAUUCGUCAGGAUCGGGCUUCUCGUGGCACCCUUGUGGGAUUAGAAGGGUCUGGUGGCCGCCGACAUUUUGAGAUCAUCUCUAAUGCAUUUGCCAACAGUCUGGAUCUAGUCUACUGGGUGGACGGCUCCCAGUACAUCGUAUCCUUUGAGGAUGUGGAUAUAUCAGACUCACAAUGGAAAAACAUUACAUUGCAUGUGCAUGAAGUGAAUGCCAACCUGUAUGUGGACUGCAGCCUCAUUGAUAGCUUUACCCUGGAUGUUCCCUUUUAUGACCACUUGGAACCUGAGGGCAGCCGCAUGUAUGUGGCCAAGGGAUCUAACAGGGAGAGCCACUUUAGGGCUUUGUUGAAGAAUGUUUAUUUCAUCUUUGAUACGCCUGUCGAAGAUAUUCUGAGAAACAAGGGCUGUGAGAUUUACAAGCCUGAUAAUGUGAACACCGCAAACGAGGGUGAAGACAUCAUGGGCGUCAGUCCAGCACUCUCCACUAACUUUAUCGGGCAAAAUGUGAAGGAGUUGGAGACGUGUGAACACUCUUGUGAGCAGCUGAGCUCCAUGUUGCAGGAACUCAAAGGACUCCGCAUAGUGGUCGGAAACCUUAUAGAUGGCCUACAAAAAGUGAAUGAGGAAAAUGAAAUCAUGAAGAAGACUCUGGGCAACAUUAAAAAUAUCAAACACAACCAUAUGUGCUGGCAAGAUGGCCGCUUGUUCGAGGAUAAAGAAGACUGGGUUGUGGAUAGCUGCACCAAAUGCACUUGUCAGGAAUCAAAGAUUGUGUGCCAUCAGAUUACUUGUCCUCCUGUGGCCUGUGCUAUUCCAGUUUUCCUGGAUGAAGAGUGCUGUCCAAUGUGUCUGCCCAAGGACAGUGAGGACGGCUGGUCACCCUGGGCUGAGUGGACAGAAUGCACAGUCACAUGUGGGACAGGCACCCAGCAGAGAGGCAGGUCAUGUGAUGCAACCAGCAACCCCUGUAGUGGUCCUUCUAUCCAGACCCGCACAUGUAGUUUGGCUAAAUGUGACAGUCGAGUUCGUCAGGAUGGAGGAUGGAGCCUGUGGUCUCCUUGGUCCUCCUGUUCAGUAACAUGUGGUGAAGGCCAGAUUACUAGAAUCCGCCAUUGCAACUCCCCAGUGCCCCAGUUGGGGGGAAAGGACUGUGAAGGAAAUGGCAGAGAGACAGAACAUUGCGAUACCAAGCCCUGCCCCAUUAAUGGAGGAUGGGGUCCAUGGUCCCCAUGGGCUGUAUGCUCACUGACAUGUGGUGGAGGACUGCGGAGUCGAAAACGUGUGUGUAAUAGUCCUCGUCCACAAUAUGGAGGAAAAGUGUGCUCAGGAGAAGCUGAAGACACAGGGACUUGCAACAACCAGAACUGCCCCAUUGAUGGCUGUCUGUCCAAUCCCUGCUUUGGAGGAGUGGAAUGUACCAGCACACCUGAUGGCUCAUGGGAAUGUGGUCCCUGUCCUGUUGGUUUCCAAGGCAAUGGAAUAUUUUGCAAAGAUGUCAAUGAGUGCGAUCUCGUACCUGAUGUGUGCUUUAAAGUCAGUGGACAACAGCGCUGCAUAAACACUGAUCCAGGAUUCCACUGCCUUCCUUGUCCUCCUCGUUACAAAGGCAACCAGCCCUUUGGCAUGGGAGUGGAAGUAGCCAAUAACAAUAAGCAGAUUUGUGAACCUGAGAAUCCUUGCAAGGAUAAGAGCCAUAGUUGUCAUAGGUCUGCUGAGUGCAUUUACCUCAGCCACUUUAGUGACCCAAUGUACAAAUGCCAGUGUAAGAUUGGCUAUGCUGGAGAUGGUUUUAUCUGUGGAGAAGAUUCUGAUCUGGAUGGUUGGCCCAACCAAAACUUGGUGUGUAGAGCUAAUGCCACGUACCACUGCAAGAAGGAUAAUUGUCCCAGACUUCCUAAUUCUGGGCAGGAGGACUUUGACAAGGAUGGCCAAGGAGAUGCAUGUGACAAGGAUGAUGACAACGAUGGAAUUAUGGAUGAGAAAGACAACUGCCCUCUCCUCUUUAACCCCAAGCAGUAUGAUUAUGAUAAGGACGAUGUGGGUGAUCGGUGUGAUAACUGUCCGUAUGAACACAAUCCAGCUCAAAUUGAUACCGAUCAGAAUGGGGAAGGAGAUGCCUGUGCUGUGGACAUUGAUGGGGAUGGUAUCUUAAAUGAAAAUGACAAUUGCCCAUAUGCAUAUAACAAUGAUCAGGAGGACACUGAUAUGGAUGGAGUGGGAGACCAGUGUGACAAUUGUCCUCUGUUGCAUAACCCUGAUCAGGCUGAUACAGAUAAUGACCUUGUAGGAGAUCAGUGUGACAACAACCAGGACAUUGAUGAGGAUGGCCAUCAAAACAACCUAGACAAUUGCCCUUAUGUUCCUAAUUCCAAUCAGGCAGAUCAUGACAAGGACGGUAAAGGAGAUGCUUGUGACUUUGAUGAUGAUAAUGAUGGAAUUCCUGAUGACAAAGACAACUGCAGGCUGGUAGCCAACAAAGACCAAGUGGACUCGGGCGGUGACGGUCGAGGUGAUGUCUGCCAAGAAGAUUUUGAUAAUGACGGCAUCCCUGACGUUUUUGACAUGUGCCCAGAGAACAAUGCUAUAAGUAUGACUGACUUUAGAAAGUUCCAGAUGGUGCAUUUGGAUCCCAAAGGGACCACACAAAUCGAUCCCAAUUGGGUAGUCAAGCAUCAGGGCAAAGAACUGGUCCAAACUGCUAAUUCUGACCCAGGAAUUGCAGUAGGCUAUGAUGAGUUCAAUGCAGUGGACUUCAGCGGCACCUUCUAUGUGAACACAGACAGAGAUGAUGACUAUGCUGGCUUUGUGUUUGGUUACCAGUCAAGUGGCCGCUUUUAUGUGGUUAUGUGGAAGCAGAUCACCCAAACAUACUGGGAAGAGAAGCCAUCAAAGGCAUUUGGAAUCUCUGGUGUCUCCCUCAAAGUGGUUAACUCCACCACUGGCACUGGGGAAAACUUACGUAAUGCCCUAUGGCACACUGGUGACACCCCUGACCAGGUUCGCACUCUGUGGCAUGACCCAAAGAACAUCGGUUGGAAAGACUAUACUGCAUAUAGGUGGCAUCUCAUUCAUAGACCUAACACGGGAUUUAUCAGAGUGAUAGUAUAUGAGGGGAAACAUAUCAUGGCAGAUUCAGGGCCAGUCUAUGAUCAGACAUUUGCUGGGGGACGACUGGGAUUGUUUGUCUUCUCUCAAGAACUCGUGUUCUUUUCUGAUCUUAAAUAUGAAUGUCAUGAUAAUUGAAGUAUGCAAGUCAUGGUAACUAAGGAUUCAUUUCAGCAAAAUGGAAUGUUUUGUGGUGACAUAAAAUAAAUUUUGAUGGAAGCAAAUUCACAGGACAUGGAAAAUCGCUCCACUUUUACACCAUAUACUUCACACCAUAAUAAAUUUUUUAUUAAAAUAUUCUCUGCUAGUUCAUAAACAGUCAACAUUUUUUCUAUUUUUUUUCCUUUUGUAUGCGUUUGUGUUUCUGUGUGUGUGUGUGCGCGCGCGCUUUAACAGCCCAUGUAAUAUUUGUACUUUUAGAGCAUUUUAUAUUAUUUCACACAAAACUGCAACGGAUCACAAAUACUACAGCUGACAUUUGCAUUAAUGCACACACACACACACACACACACUCUCACACAGAUCUUAACAUCUUCUAGGCAUUUUUUUAUUUUAUGCGUCUCCCCACCCACACACAUAACGAGAUAUGCAGCAUAGAUUCAAUAGUGAAUAAAAGAAGCAUUCAUUACAACCUUAAUCAGGAGAUAUUUACAGUAGACUAUAUGUAUUAAAUAUACGACUUAUAAAUCCCGCUAUAUGAACAUGAUAAACAAAUACUUUCCAUAAUUCUUAUAUUCUGUUUGCAAACAGCUACAGUAAAAUAACACAUGCAGCUAAAUUCAGGCACAAUAAGCAAUAGAUGUCACAGUCAUCACAACAUUAUUUUCCGUCAUGAAAUUCCAAAUACAUCCCUUUUCCCCUUUGCGUAUAUACAGUAAGUCCCCGCAGAUGCUGGACUAACGGACCAUGGAUCUAUGAACAUUUGUAAAUACCAGAUAUGAAUAUUUUCAAAUAUAUACAAUAUUUCCAGUGUGUAAGUGAAUGUAUAAAAUGUCCAAAGUCUGGUACAGUAUAUUGUAUGUGCAUGUGGGAGUGCAGAUGAAAUUUGUCGGCCUCACCGGUUUCAAUAAAUCAGUCCGGAAGCACAAUGAUAGAAAAUAAAUUACCUCGUAAAGCUAUCUUGAUGGUGAAUAAUCCUUAACAAAACAGAGUUCACAGUCCAAUACAGUGGAAAACAGCUCUGAGACUAAAUGACUAAUAGAGUCCAAGCGUACAAUAAAUAUAAGUAAACAAGCACUCAGUAAACAGCAUUGUCCCUCCCUCUCGGAUUGAAUGUAAAUGAGAUCAGCUGAUCCCGCUGCGUCUUCAAGAUUCCCCUCGCUAUUUAAAAGUGUAGCCUUGUGUAAUCAAAAGACAACACUGUUGCAUUUCACAUGUCUGAGAUUAAGUACCCGUUAUGCAUGUUUAAAAAGGCUUACAUUGGGCCUCCGAGUGGCGCAGUGGUAAAGAGCUCGCCCUAUCUCCGGGGAGCGCUGGUUCGAACCCCGGGUGAUGGUGUUUUCCUCUUACAGCCAGGGUACAGAGAGAGCUGAUUGGCCAAGCUCUCUCAGGGAGGAGGGAUGAGAGGUACUUGCGCUCCCACAUUAAUCACGGCUCUACAGCCAAUCGGGGGCGUCAGUGAGCUCACGCAUGCGGAAGGAGCGGCUAGCGCUUUCCUCCGAGUGUGUUACUCCACACCUAACGGUGCGUGAGCAAGCAGUUUGAAAAGAUGCGGUCGGCUGACGUCACGCCGUUCGGAGGAAACACAGGGGUCAGGGGUAGCUCAGUGGUUAAGGCAUUGGACUAUGGUUCGGAAGAUCCCAGGUUCAAACCCCACAACCACCAAGUUGCCACUGUUGGGCCCUUGAGCGAGGCCCUUAACCCUCAACUGCUCAGAUGUAUAAUGAGAUAAAAAUGUAAGUCGCUCUGGAUAAGAGCGUCUGCCAAAUGCCUAAAUGUAAAUGUAAACACGGGAUAGUCUUCGCCCUCCCGACUAAGUGGUAGUAGUAGCCUUAGUAGUAGUAACACCAACCUCCCCAAAAAAAGUCUUACAUUAGUUAGGCAUACGGUUUUGGGCCACAUGAUGGGAGUGUGGGGAAAGGGGACAUAGGCACCGCUCAAAUUUAGCCAAGUGUUUUUCAUUGUAUAUUCGUGUCAGAGGCGUGUAAGACUUAAUUUGUCGGACUUAAGAGCAAAUCUAACUUACAAUGUGGUCCUGGAACUAAUCAUGUUCGUAAGUCGGGGACUUACUGUAGCUCUGUUUUUUUGGUAUGCCAUCAGAUUUCAUUUUCAGUUCUGAAGGUAUUCUAGUGUAAAAAGAUUUGUUUUUUUCCUUUUUUUUAAAAAACAAAAAAUACCAAAUGUCUACUUUCCAUCACUGCACUUUUUAAUGUUGCUAACUGUGAGUUAAAACAGUUUGACAAUGAUAUGCAGACAGCCAUAUCUGAUUGGUUAAUGUUUUUUAUUAAGUUCUUUUUGAGUCAGUAUUACGAUUACAGCACAUUUGUCAUUAAGAACCAUAACUGCUUUAUAAGAUUUUCCUAAAAGGCAAAUAUUCUACAGUAUAUUCCUUAGAAUAAAUGACACUUAGUUCCACUAUUAGAUGAGAUUACCUUUUAAGUUCACACUGUCAUUAAAGUGUAUGUUUUUGUUUAUUUCUGCUCAGGCACAAUCACGCAAAUAACUUACUUUACAUUCUGUUUACUGAGGCAGUCACCACUCUAAUCACAAGAUGUUUUUUAUUACAUCUUUACAUUAGUUUAUGUUUGUUUGUUUGUUUGUCCUCUUAGUUUUUGAGUCUGUAGUUUUCAUUGUUGGAAGCAUGUACAUUCUUUUAACAAUUUACAACAAUUUACAAUGGUGAUGUUAAUAUUAAGAUUUAUUUUCUUUUGUAAAUUAUUUGUGUUAUUUCAUAAAAAUAUGUCUAGAUACUGCUUUCAGCACAAGGAGAUUGUAUAUAAUUAUUUAUUUGAUUACACCAGCUACACACUUAAGAAAUUAUAAUAGCAACUAUUACUAGUACUAAUUACAGUAACGGUAAUUAUUUUUCUACAUUCAAAUACACAUUAAAUAGUUCUAAGUAUACACAGCAUCAUUCAGUGCUUGAUUAGUGUGUCCACCACAAUGUAAAAUAGAAUCUGGGUUCUUUAUGUGAAACAUCUGUAUUUCUUUUAUUGAAAACAACAAUUUUAUAGCCAGCAUUUUCCAGAGUAAUAAUAGAAUGCACAUUGCAAGACAUAUAAAUCACAUGUUUUUAGUGUUUUACAUUCAUGUGUUUGGUAAUAAACCAAAGAUUUUUAUUUUUAAUUAUAUUAAACCAAUGUUGCCAUUUACUGUACUAGUAUUCUGGACUUCUGAUCUUUUUUUCAAGUCAUCUGUUUGGUCCUGUUAAAAUUUGUAAUUUUUAUGCCUCACUAUUUUUAUUUCAUUGCUCCUUGAAUAAAGAUUUGUAGACUA